CUGACCUUCUGUCUUUCGCUGCUCGCCCAGUCAGGUCGGCCGUCGUGGCCUAGUGGCUUAGCGAUUUACGCAGUUCUUCGCUCCUUCCCGAGCUGGACAGCUAGGCACCUCCUCACCUCGACGCCGACGAGUACGAAAUAUUGCACCACCAAUUGCUAGCCAGCGCCGCAAUCCACUCUCUCGCCAUGACGACGCGGACCAGCACCAAAACGGCAGUCGCGCCUGCGCAAGUGCAGAUGUUUGUCGCAGACUCGGCCAAACUGUCUGUGUCCACACACCUUCCCAGUUUGCAUUCGCUCGCCCUCCAGAUCCUGCACAACCUCCAGCACCAGCACUACUGGACCGACCUCAAGGUUUACACCCACUCUCCCCUCACCAAAGAGCCUCUGUCUCGCCCGCUUGUCUCAGGUCUGCCGCCGCAGCGCCUCUACGUCCACCCCGAUGAGCAGGUUGAGCUGCUGAAGAACGCCGACCGCCAGCGCAAAGCCGCUGAGGCAGCAGGCGAAAAGAGCGGUCUGGAGGUCAAGGCGCAGCCCGAGCACGAGUGGGUACUGCCGACCAGGCUGAACGAGCAAUGGACACUGCGCAGGCUGGCUGAGGUCUUUGACGACAUCAGCAUCCUGCCGCCUCAGACUUCUACUACGGCAUACGAGGCUCCAGCAAACCCUUGGAGGACAACGAAAAGAGUAGUUUUGUCCACUGUCGACACAGACAGCACCGUCGUCUACUACAUUGUACAUGACGGAGUCGUGAAGCCUCGCCAGAACUGAGCGUGACUCUUUUUCAUGCUCGAUAUUGUGAACAGUAUAUCGUCGGCCGCUACACUCCGCGUCGAACCGUACUCAAACACCUGCCUCAUCAUGCAUCGAGAAGACGGCGGCUGGUAAUGGGCAAUAAAGCACUGCU